AUGAAGCCAAUUGUUUUGGUGCUACUCUGCCUGGCUCUGGGCAGCCAGGGACGUGUGCUGCAGCCGUCCAAGGAGGCGCUCGAUAUACCCGUUGCCAUCAUCAAAGAGCCAGAGCCGCAGGCCCUGCCGCUGAUCAAGGCGGAGCAGGAGCAGCCCAUCAAGGCGGAGCAGGAGCAGCCCAUCAAGGCGGAGAAGGAGACGCAGACUCAGGCGCAGAUCGUGCCGGAGACGCAGACAGAAACGCAGGCGGAGACCAAGACCCAGUUGCCCGAGCAGCUGCAGCCCGAACUAGCCAAAGCUGAGGAAGCUAAGCCAGAGCUGGAGCCGCAGCCGAAGCUGGAGUCCAAGCCGGAGCUUGAUUCGAAGCCGGAGCUUGAUUCGAAGCCGGAGCUGGAGCCGCAGCCGGAGCUGGAGUUGAAGCCGGAACCUGAGCUGAAGACUGACCUGAAGACUGAGCUGCCCCAAAUUGCCGAGGAGUCGCAGUCGCAGUCGCAGUCGGAGGCGGAGCCAGCACAGCCCAUUCUGAAGUCCCUGCCCGCCGAGGCAGUUGUUGAGGCAAACGCAGAGCUGGCCGCGACCGUGGCAGACGCUGUGCCCGUCGAGCCGCAGGCGGCGGAGCAGGAUGCAGUGCAGCCGCAUGUGCGCCAGGCCACGCAGGCGACGCCCACGCAGCAGAGCUCAACGCAGCAGAACUUUGUGCAGCAGCUGAUACAAAACUCACCCAUUGGCCAGUUCCUCAACCAGUUCAACGGACAGCAGCAGCAGUCAUCGCAGCAGGUCCAAGCGGAUCAGACAGCGACGCCGGCGCCGACUGUGCCCGGUUUCUUGAAUCCCGGCGCUGCCAUCACCUCGGCUCAGAAUGCGGUGCAGAAUGCGGCACAGACUGUGGUGAAUAGCACCACGCAGGCAUUCCAGGGCAUACAGCAGUUCGCCAGCAAUCUGGGCACCCAGUUCCAGAACACGCUCUCCGGCCUGACGGGCCAGCAAAACGCACAGCCGACCACAGCACGUCCGCCCGGACCGAUUCAGUCGUUUGUGAACAAUGUUUUUGGAGGUAACAACAAUGCAACAGCGGCUGCUGCGGCACCAGCUCAGGGACAACAACCGGGCGGCGGACCGCUGCAGGGCAUCAUCAAUUUCCUGGGCGGCAAUCGGCCACAGAAUGCACCGGCGGCUGCAGCUUCGGCUGUCACCGAGGCGCCCAUCAAGCAGCCCGGCGUCGAUGAUAAGCUGGAGCAGGCCGCCGAUGUGGACGAGCAGCCAGCCGAAUCGGAGAACGAGGUGCGCAACAGCGGCGAGGCCAUCGACGACUCCUUCGAGGAGGCGGUGCCCGCCAACGAGGUGAUUGUGGUCAACGAUGAUGCCUCCGCCGAUGUGGCAGCCACCAGCAACAAUUCGGUUGAACAGCAGCCCGAGCAGCAGCCCGAGCAGCAGCCCGAGCAGCAGCCCGCUGAUGCAGUUGCUCUCUAA